CUGCUCAAAUACUCCUCCUCACAAUCUCCUCAAAUACUCCUCUUCACACACUCCUCCUCACACACUCCUCUCUGGCAGCUGGAUCUCCUCGUCACCAUGGGUAAAAUCAACGGCUGUCUGAAGUGCGUCUUCGUCCUGCUCAACGCCGUGUUCGGGAUCUUUGGAGUUUUGAUGAUAAUUGGACUUGGGAAGGCCCCCCCGCAGGUGAUGGACCACGGAUCCUGGGCUUGGCUGUUGGCAUUCUCCGUUGGGAUUCUGCUGGUUUCCAUCCUCGGGCUGACGGCCGCCAAGACCGAGAAGACAGCACUGCUCAUAGGGUUUGCAGGUCUGAUGGGAGCCAUAAUGAUCAUCAUGAUGAUCUUAGGGAUCGUCAUGGCUUCCUACAGAAACCAGUCAAAGAACAUCACCCCUGACUCUGUGAGACGGAUGAUGGCAGAUGACACAUUACAAGAAGGUCUCAAAAGCGUCCAAGGGCAGCUCCAGUGCUGUGGCAUUAUGAGCUAUGAGGACUGGGGGAACAGGAUCCCUUUAUCCUGUGAGUGUUUAGAAGACAACGUGUGCACAGACCGCCCAGGGUACUUGGAAGGUCCAGCUAAAAUCUACUCCAGGCCGUGCUUCCCCAUCGUGUCCGAACCGCUGGUUCAUGCUUUGACGGUCGCCAUGGGUGUCUUCUUUGGCUUCGCUGUCACCCCUCUCCUCUGCCUUGGAGCGAGCCUCCUGAUGAUUGGUCAGGUCAGGCGUCACGACGGCGGCCGCGGAAGACAGGCCAUCGCCAUGACGACCCAUGGCAUCUGACCUCUGAACUCACGCCUCAUUUCUGCUUCUGUAAAUGAGUCCUGUGCUAUGAACUCAAUAGUGACAUCAUCAGGAGGCUGAGACUGUGUCACUCCUGUUCCCAUUAAAUAAAACAAUACAUUUGUUCCUCACCAUUAA